CAGAUGAAUGUGUGCGUGCGAACUUCAUGAGAACUCACCACUCCGAUUAGCUUAGUCCAGCCCUUUGCUACGGUUUUUCUUUCUCUCUGCUGUCAUACUUUUUGCUUUGUUCCACCUACACCAUGACAUUGGGGAACAUGGAGAACGCUGAGCUGUUCGAUGCGGGGAAGAAAGGUCGUGGUCUGAGGGCAGGCAGAGACCUCAAUGCUGGGGAGAUGGUGUUUGCAGAGGCCAGCUUUGCUGCUGUGGUCUUCGACAGCUUGUUCAUGCAGGUGUGCCACAGCUGCUUCCGCCAGCAGGCCAAGUUACAUCGCUGUGCCCAGUGCCAGUUUGCCUUUUACUGCAACCGCACCUGCCAGACCGCAUGCUGGGAUGAACACAAGAAGGAGUGUGCGGCCAUUAAGAAGGUCGGCAAGGCGCCGAAUGAGAAUGUCCGUCUGGCUGCACGUGUGCUGUGGCGCCUUCACAAGGACACAGGCAUCGUGGCAGACAAUCAGAUGAUCUCCGUGGAACAGCUGGAGAACCACGUGUCUGACCUGCCGGAGGACAGCCUGAAAAAGCUAGGGACCGAUGUCCAGAGCUUCCUGGAAUACUGGUCUUAUGGAAGGAAGCAACACUCAGUUGACUACAUCUUGCACAUCUUUGGCAUUUUAAAAUGUAACGGAUUCACACUAAGGGACCAGAAUGGGCUGCGAGAUGUUGGUGUGGGGCUUUUUCCUAACCUAUGUCUGGUCAACCAUGAUUGUUGGCCCAACUGCUCCGUUGUCCUUAAUCACGGCAACCAAACUGCUCUGAAUUCUGCUCUCCACUCUCAGAGUAGGAUUGAGCUGCGAGCUUUAGAAAAAAUCCCCGAGGGUAAGGAGUUGACUGUUAGCUACGUGGACUUCCUCAACCUGUCAGCCGAGCGCAAAAAGAAGCUGAAGGAGUGUUUCCACUUUGAGUGCACAUGUCAGCACUGCAGCCAGCAGCUCAAGGAUGACUUGAUGAUGGCUUCUGCAGACAACAAACCGUCUACUGAGAAACUAAAAGAGAUGACUGCCUUCAGUAAAGACUGUCUUGAGAAGAUCGAGAAAUCCCGCAAUGAGGGAAAUUUCCACGAGGUGGUGAAGCUGUGUCGCGAGUGUUUGCAUCAACAGGAGAACGUCCUCGCUGACACUCACCUGUGCAAACUGCGUGUGCUCAGUGUAGCCAGCGAGGCGCUUUCAUACCAACGCUCGUACUCUGAGGCGGCAGAAUACGCUCAGAGGAUGGUGAAUGCCUACAUGAAGUUGUACCAACACAAUAGCCCACAAUUGGGUUUAGCCACCAUGCGUGCAGGCGUCACACACUGGCAGGCAGGGCAGACUGAGCAGGGCCACAGCAUGAUCUGCCAGGCCUAUGGAAUUCUAAUGGUCUCCCACGGGCCCAACCACACUGUUACCCACAACCUGGAGUCGCUGCGCAUGCAAACUGAGAUGGAGCUGAAGAAGAAAAAGGAAGAGGCGGCCGCCUUAUCCUAAGUUAUGCUGGCUUCGACAAACAACCCGAGGCCACAGUCUCUACUUGCCUUCGCUGAAGAGCUACCUGAAGAAACACAAAUGGCUGCUCAUGUGUUACAGCUCAAUUGGUUAAAUGUGUGCUGACAAAGACUGUUAUAUUUGAAGACAUCUGAGCACCAUCACAUGUGGUGUACAGCAGUUACAAUAAAAC